CUGUUUAUGUGUUUCCACAGGGAGAACAGCAGCCGAUUUGGAUUCCAGAAAGAUUAACUAAAGCGAUUUCUACAGACCAAAAAGAAGAUGAUUUGGCUCAAAUCCAUAACAACUGAUAUCCAAAACUCCAGUUUGGCUAUUCUUACAUCUGCAACAGAACCAGGAUGCUUUUUUCAAUAUCUAUUUUAUUAUUGCCCUUUGCCGUAUCAUGAAGUUCUAUUUUUGUUUUUUGAGCUCUUACAGACCUAGGUUAAUGUUUUGCUGAUCAGUUCUAUUUUUUUUUUGACUAUAGAGUUUUUAAACAUUGCAAUGGAGAUUUCACCUGUAAAAAGUUAUAAGGCCUUUACUAUAAUGUUAUGUGUUGUAUGUAUUAUAUUAUGUGUGCACACUUGUGUUUUGUGUUAUAUGUUUGAAUGUACGUAUGUCCAUAUAUCAUAUAUGAUGAGCGCUCAUGAUAAAAUGGAUCCAAAUAUUUUUUUUUCACGUGAUUUAUAUGGUUUAAUUUAAAUUGGGUAAACAACUGUUGAGGAUUGUUUUAAUAUGUAAACAAAAAAGAAGGUUAACAGAUCUGUUUGUUUACUUUCACCUUUCCUUUUCAUUAUAUUUAAUAAUUCUCUUAAAGACAAUGUAAAUUGUUAAGAAAAUUGUUUUCUUUUAGUGCCUUCUGGAAUGUUACAUAAUUUUUUCUUUAGCCAUUAUUGCCAGAAUUCCUAUCUUCAUCCCAGUGCUGGUGAAGUCAAAGAUAAAACCAAUCUACAGCUUCUACAAUAGCCAUCAUUGAACUGCUUGCAGAACUUGCCUGGGCACAUUGUGAGCUCACCUGUAUGCAUUGUGAACUAUCUGUUGGUGCAGCGACUUGUGGUAGUGUUGGGGUAUUUUUGCUGAUGAUGUCAUUGGUGGUACAAUUUUUCCAAAAGGAGCCGUCAAUUGGCUUGGUGUAUCUUCCUCCCUUCUGCUUGUCAUGAUCGUCCAGCUAAAAUUUGGGGGCCAACAGAGGUGAGGCAAAGAACCUCACCCCCCCGCUGGUACAAAGACCUCUCCACAGGUGUGGCUGUAUACUGGACCGGUAGUCAGUGACGGGUAAGAUCCAAUUGCAAUUGGACAACCUAAGGCAGGCACGGUCCCUAAGCCACAUGCUUGUUGUUUUAACAGAGAGGGGGAGAUGUUGAGAGCCACAGCCGAAGGGGCCCCAGCAAACUUCCAGCUGCCAGCAAACUUCCAGCUGCCGGCUGAUGAUUGGCUCACAGCGGCCCCAGCAACAUCUAGCUGAUUGGCUCCUCUGUGGUGAUGCUCAUUGGGCUGUUUCCCUGCCCUUUCAGACCACGGAGCUGCUCAUUGGGGGACUUUUUUGGCUCCGCCCACGUGACCCAGCCAAUCGGCCUCAAGAGCAGGAGGAUUGUGGGGGGUGGAGAGAAGCUUGUGUGGGGAGAGGGAGGCUUGUGGAAAGCCGGUGGUGGCAGUUGAGGCUCUGAGGGUUUUUCCUGAGAGGCUGUUUUGUUUGGCGUGUGUGGUUCUAAAAAUAAAGUUAGUUUCUUUUGACAAGUGGCUCCUUAUUGUGCCCAGCCAGACUGCAGCAAUUAAUUGGACUUUACACCAUGGCUCACAAUCCUAAUAUGACCCAUUUGAAGAUUAAUCAGCCAGUUACUGCCCUUCCUCCCCUUUGGAUAAGAUAUGACAGUUCAGAUCCUGAAAGUACCUGUUGGCUAGGAGCUGAGCUCAUCACAACAAAUGACAGUAUUACAGGAAUUGUCUUGUAUGUGGUUAGUUGUAAAGCUGAUAAAAAUUAUUCUGUAAGUCUGGAAAACCUAAAAAAUUUACACAGGAAAAGACAUCACUUGUCUACUGUAACAGCCAGAGGCUUUGCCCAGUAUGAGCUCUUUAAGUCCACUGUUUUGGAUGAUAUAGUCACCCCAUCACAAACUACAAUCACUUUGGAUAUUUCCUGGAGUCCUGUCGAUGAGAUUCUUCAAAUUCCCCCACUCUCUUCAACUGCAGUUCUGAAUAUUAAAGUGGAAUCAGGAGAGCCCAGAGGUUGUUUGAAUCAUCUUCACAGAGAACUGAAAUUUGUCCUUGUUUUGGCUGAUGGUUUGAAGACUGGUGUGACUGAAUGGCUUGAGCCCCUGGAAGCAAAAUCUGCUAUUGAACUUGUGCAGGAAUUUCUGAAUGACUUAAAUAAGCUGGAUGGAUUUGGUGAUCCUACAAAAAAAGAUGCAGAGACAGUGAAUCAUGACACUGCUGCAGUUAAUAGGUCCGUACUUAUCACAGUGCGGGGUGAUCUUGAUUUUGCUGAACAACUUUGGUGCAAACUGAGCAGCAGUGUGGUUUCAUAUCAAGACUUGGUGAAGUGUUUCAUGUUGAUCAUCCAGAGUCUACAACGUGGUGAUAUACAGCCAUGGCUCCAUAGUGGGAGGCAUCAGUAUCAUGAGGAUCCCAGGGUCGUGGCAGCUGUUCGGGAAAGUGUCAACUACCUAGUGUCUCAGCAGAAUAUGCUUCUGAUUCCUGCAUCAUUUUCACCAUUGAAAUAGUUU